AUGCCAGCAUCUCUCAACCGCUCGUCUUCACCACCUCCUCUUGCUCCUGUCUGCAAGAAGAUUCUGCCUCGCCGCAAGAUCGUCGUGCCACCACAGCAAUAUGCAUCGUCGUCAUCGUCAGCUGGCGCAGGAUCCUCCGCUGCAGUUGCCAAGACUGAGCCUAUCACUUUGUCAUUGCUGCCAUCAGCCAUUGUGGAGUCUUCAACCACGGUUGUCAGUGUUGAGUCUGCAUCUGCCGCAACGGUAACAGGGCCCUGUGUCAAGCUGGAGCCUCACCCGUUCCCAAUGUCUCUUCCCGGCAAGAAGACACCAUCGCCUCAGCGGUCUGGGUCUUCAAGAGCCGCGUCUGGAUGGCUCUUCAAGGAGUUUUGCGAGGACCUCAGCAAAAAAAACCCUUACAGGCCCUCAGACGAGGAAGCAGAUGACACAAUCAUUGUCAUUUCUUCUGACUCUUCAGAUGGGUGUCGACCUGUUCGCACUCACCAUUGUAGCCACCACUCAUGGCCUUCCGAGCAACCAUCCUCUCCCACGGCUGCUCCGCCAGCUACAUCACCAACAGCCGAUGAGCAAACCUCGCCCCCUUUGCUCGCCGCUGCACGCUCUGCCAGCAUGGAAUUUGUCGACUACGGCAUCAAAAGUGAGCCUGGUAGCCCUGGGAUUCAAAGUGGCACUGAGGGUUACGAGCCUCAAAAUGACUUCCACAUCACAGAUCUUGGGCUAUAUCUCAGCAACUGGGAUACUAUGGUUGAGGAAGACAUAAAGAACAACGCGCAGUGCGAGCUUCGAGCCUGCAAUGGCUCUGACAUUGCCAGCAAGGAGCCUCCCCUCACCCGCUUUGAUAAGUUCAUGGAAACUUUUGGCAUCCCAUGGCACCAUGGCAAGAAGUGGACCAAAUUUUACGAUGUUCUAGGCAGGUGGAGGGCGGCAUUGCGCGAUAUCCAGGACCGGUAUAUCGCCUACGGCUACACAGAUGCAGAGCUAUGGGCUAGUUUCCGGCUCGAGGUCGCCAAUUCUAACCGUGAGUAG